CUAGUCUUUCUUUCUAGCUAUCUCUCUUCCUCCUCAGUCCAGUGGAUAAUCAAUAGAGGAUAGUUUAGCUGGUACUUGUGUCCCGCCCUUCUAGCUACAGUAUGAGCUAGCCCGCCCACUGCUGGCGAGCCAGCACGGUCAAUCUCCUCAUGGUCCUUUCAGAUGAGGAUUUGAAGAAAGACAUGAAGAGGCUGGUGGUGUAGAACCUAAUAGUAAAUAAUCUUCAAAUCCAGAGCUGAGAUGGGGAGAGUGUUUUCUCAACUCAGCUAAGGAUCCAGACAAACGAUGAACGAACUUGAUCAGCUGCGUCAGGAAGCGGAGACGCUGAAAAAUGCGAUCCGAGAGGGUAGGAAGGCCGCCUGCGACACGACGCUGGCACAGAACACAGGAUCUAUGGAUCCGAUCGGACGGAUCCAGAUGAGGACUAGGAGAACUCUCCGAGGUCACCUGUCCAAGGUAUAUGCGAUGCACUGGGGAGCAGACUCAAGAAACCUAGUAUCUGCAUCUCAGGACGGAAAACUGAUUGUAUGGGACAGCUACUCCACUAACAAGGUUCACGCUAUCCCACUCCGGUCAUCCUGGGUUAUGACCUGCGCUUACGCUCCUUCCGGCAACUUCGUUGCGUGUGGGGGUCUGGAUAAUAUCUGCUCUAUCUACAAUUUGAAGAAUAGAGAUGGCGCUGUCCGUGUAUCCCGUGAGCUACCAGGACAUACUGGAUAUCUCAGCUGUUGUAGGUUCCUUGACGACAAUCAGAUCCUUACAAGCAGUGGGGACAUGACUUGUGUCUUGUGGGACAUAGAGACGGGACAGCAGGUGACAUCAUUUGGAGGUCAUACCGGGGACGUCAUGUCCCUCUCCUUGUCGCCGGAUCAGAAAACUUUCGUUUCGGGAGCAUGCGACGCAUCAGCCAAGUUGUGGGACAUCCGUGGAUCUCAUUGUAUCCAGACCUUUACUGGACAUGAAAGUGAUAUAAACUCCAUUGUGUUCUUUCCUAAUGGUUACGCUUUCGCGACGGGAAGUGACGACGCAACCUGUCGAAUGUUUGACAUUCGCUCAGACCAAGAAUUAAGCGUGUACAGCCAUGAUAACAUUAUCUGCGGCAUUACUAGCGUGGCAUUCAGUAAGUCAGGUCGUCUUCUCCUCGCGGGAUACGACGACUUUAACUGUAAUGUCUGGGAUGCUCUACGAGCGGAAAGAGCAGGAGUACUGGCUGGUCACGACAACCGUGUAUCCUGCCUGGGAAUAACAGAGGAUGGGAUGGCAGUCUGUACUGGGAGUUGGGACAGCUUUCUUAAAAUUUGGAACUAAAUAUUGCACAAAAACAGGAAACCUAGGUGCACAAACACUAGCUUGGCAUUAAUCAGGACGGGUCUGUACAUCAAGGACCUGAUCCUACAGGGUUACAAUGAUCUCAGUUAAGUAUUGAAGAAGUCCCUACUACUCCGAAUGGAUACAGAGAUCUGUACGAGGGAACAGGACGAUGCCUGAAGAGCAGUUCAGACAACAAUUCCAUCAGAUGUCAAGGGCUCAGUGAUUGCUCUUCAAGUAUCGUGGUGUAUCUUCAAACAGUUGGAUUGUAUACCACCGGAGAAAUUCUUACAAACAAAAAACGCGCGAAAUCUGCAUCAAAAUAAAACAAAAUGAAACUGCACAACCGAGUUAACAAAAUAACAAGUAUUGAGUUUUCAUAAACAAUAUUUGUACUGGAAAGAGUGUUAGAAAGAAUGAAUGAAUGAACAAAGUUUGUUUAUCUAAAAAGUGUUUCACGGUCCGUAAGCCGAACAAAAAAGCUGAAAUACCUUAUAAAAGUAUUUCGCGUCUGCUUUUCUGUGAGGCAUGAAGCAAUUCUUAGAUGAAAAUUUACCUCAGAAAUUUGUACAAAAUGUUUAAUAAAUCUAUAAAAAUUUG